CACCGGACCAAAAAGAAAGUAUAUUCAACAUAAUAUUCGUUUCUGUUCUUCUUCUACAUUUCUGAGGUUCUGUUUCACGUCCUAGACUUGCCGCUUCUUGUCCUCUGCUACUCAAAACUCCUGACUCAACGCACAAAUCCACGCACCCAGAAAACCAGAGCUCCAGAUCUGUUUCAUAAUCAAUCAGCCAAUCAUGGCGACUCCUCAGGUUCUUCAGCGAGAUGAUGACCUUCUCCUUUCAUCCUCCCUCUUUGACCCUCGAAAAGGAGAGAAUGCGAAGUCCCAUGGGAUGUCAAUUGAGAAGAAGAUCGAGUUUCUUGAGAGCUUGACUGGAACGGUUAGCAACCGUCGGUCUCGCAGAUGGUUAAAUGACCGUAUUCUCAUGGAACUUGUUCCCCGUUUAAAUGCAGAAGAGAUUCGAGGCUUGUUUGCACCCCCACCUUGGGGUGAUGAGGUACCAUUGUCAGCAUUUUGCUUGACUAAUGUUGGAGAAUGGGACAAAUUUAGGAAUAUAGACAUGGAUAAAGAGGCUACUAUUAUUGAUGCUUUAGAAAGAUCACCCUCAAAAAAGCCAGGUCAUGUUGAUGCUGAUAAGAUGGCUGUCUUGAAUGCAUGGCAUAGAGUUAACUGUCGAACAAGAGAGGCACUUCGGCGUAGUUUUCUUUCAGAACUUAUUGAGGGCUAUGAGAUUGCUUGGCUGGGCUGUCUGCCUGUGCCAUAUGACAACCAAAUAUCCCACUGUUACUCAGGCCUAGAUUCGGAGUGUAUACGAGCCUUCAUCACGGAUAGUGGAGACACGGAUAUUCUUGUGCUACGGGUUCAAGAUCCUUUUCAUAGAUUAUUGCUACAUGGAGUCUGUGAAUUCUACAACUUGGUCUCAGUGACAGUUAAAGAGUCCAAAGAUGCAGGGUCAUCGAAGAUGACAAGGAUAACAAGGAAGAAAAAGAGUGCUGCUGAGCUCCCAAAUAUCACUCUGACUCAUUUUCUGAGGAUGUCCAAAGAAGGAACUUGGUGAUUCAAUUGUGCACGAACUUUGUCUGUCAAUAUGAUAAAUGGGUGCUUACUUGUUAACUUAAUGUACACUGAAAUGUAUCAUGUUCAGUCCCAAUAAUCAACAAAAGUAGUUGAUAAACAUGUAUAUUUGAAAAUAUUACUUGUGUGUGAAUGUUUCAUUACCAUCAGUCAACUAACAAGUUGAUUGUAACUAGAUUUAGGGCUCAAUAAGAACAAAUUUACUUUGUAUUGGUAUCUGUUUAGAAGAUAUUGCUUAUGAAGUUAAUUUCAAUUUGUUGGUUUCUAGUAAAGUCA